CAGCCGCAUCAGCAGCAUCAGCCGCAUUCAGACGCACCAGCCGUCUCUGCUGGACCUUGAUGUGAAUGUAUCGACCCCGCCCGGCACGUCGGACCCGUGGGCGCCACAGGACCCACUCGGCGCCGGCGCCGCGCCCGAUCCCUGGGCCUCGCCCACCAUACACGCGCCGCAGGUGAUUGUCAGCGACCCCUGGGGGUCCGCGUCGUCGUCGCCGCCGCAGACGAUGCCUCCGCCGUACUCGGCCGUCGGCGCCGUGGGGCCGGCUCCGACGAUGGCCCUGAAUGAUCCGUGGGCAGCCGAGCCGGUCGCCACCGCCGCUCCCAACGUCGAUCCGUUUGCACCGACGACCAACGGAGAUGUCGACUUUGACUCGAUCAGCCACAGGCCUGUGACUGCGUCACCACCCAUGGGGGUGACAACAGGCGUGAACGGACGAACGAGUGCGGACAUGUGGGACAUGGGCGGCAUGGAGCAGAGCCUCGGCGGCGUCGGCGGAGGCCAUGGCAAGUCGCCGGCGCUCGAGGCGCGCUCUAAGACGCCGGAGAGCUUCCUCGGAGCGCACACGUCGCUCGUCAACCUGGACGCGCUCGUCACCGGCCCCGACGCCGCCGGCGCCUCGACUAAUCCGUUUGCGGCGCCCCCUGCACCGUUGACAAGCAACCCCUUCCAAGCCCAGCAGCAGCAGCAGAAGGUUCCGAUGAACAGGAUGAUGCGGGAUCCCGUGGCGUUGAGCUUCACAGCGCAGCAGCAGCAGCAACAGCAGAAUCCCAGUGUGCUUCCGGCUCCCCUGCUUCCUGUUGGCACGGCAGCGGGCGGAGGAGGGCAGUCCCUCAGUACCAACCCGUUCCUCUGAUCGCGCGCCGUCGAGCGAGCGAGAGAGAGAGAGGGACCGGGGAUCGGCUUGGAGCGUUCGUUUGUUUCGUGACAGUGGCAUCCUGUGAUCGGUGAAUCCUCGAGUGUCGCGCGGGAGAUGUUUUCCGCGGGGCUAGUGAGUUCGCGCGAGAGCGUCUCUCGACAAGCAGUUGUGAUCGUUGCGGCAAAUGCUCGCGGAUGUCGUCGGGCGUUUCCUGCUGCCCCCUGGUGGAAAUUCGCGAGCGUGGCACGUCCCACCGCCCAGAAGUGUUGCCUUCCCCCCACCCCGCCGACCUUCCACCAAGUCGGUCCACGUAGGAAACUCCGAUGACUCCUUGCAGCAAGACCCUCCGGGAAGAGGACCUGUUUGUACAAAGGCACAAGGUUAGCGAUUGCUUAGGCUGGUACCUUGGCUCUGGUUUUCCUCUUGCGGUCUCACAUUCAACAGUGGAGAUCUUAGGUCCCCCGCACACACCUACACUGCAAUGAUCGCCGCGAUGCAUCACGUAGCGCCACGGUAGCCGUCGAGAGCGUGAGAACGCGCGCCGUGGAGGCAUAGGUACCGUGCAGGCACGCGCGUAGAGCUACGACGACCGUCAGGUGGCGCCACUCGACGACUCGCGUGCCUCCUGUCAAUUCCGGACGAAAAUUCGGAGCUCGCCAUUGUUUUUGUUUUUUUUCGUACGAACGUUUAGCUGAUUAGCGAAUUAUUUACGAGUCGCACAGCGAAAAAUUGUUAUGUAUCUUCGUGCCUCAGCGGUGCACUGAUCACUGCAUUGCCCAAUGCUGCCGUUCAGGUCACGUUAAGUUUAGUGUAAGUGGCUGCUCGGUCUAGAUUGCUUUGCAAUGCCGUGAUCGUCUGUGAGCGAGCGAUGUGCUAGCUAUUAGCAUGUUCCCGUCGUUCGUUCGUGUAGCCGUGAUUUGGGUGUGGAGAGUAAUUGUGUUUUUUGUUAUUAUGUUGUAGAGAGCCAACCGCCGUAUUCAGUACAUGGUGCGCCUAUCUCUCUUGUAUACAACAUAUAUACAUAUAUAUAUAUAUAUCCUGUGAAAGUAGUUGUUGUUUUUGUUAUCGUUUGAAUGUUGUUCUGUACAAACAGCUGGUGCAGUGCAUUUAGAUGUGCGUGUGCGUGCGUAUGGGUGUGUGUGUGUGUGUGUGUGUGUGUGUGUGUGCGUGCGCGUGUGUGUGCGUGUCUGCGUGUCUGCGUGUCUGCGUGAGCUAUGCGUAGAUGUAUUUUCUGUACAAGCCACUGCGAAGGUGAACGCAAGCUACGGCAAAUGCUCGCUGGUGACAUCUGCUGGAACAUUUACAAUUUAACUCUUUCCCAACUCAUUUUCAAGACUAGAUAUAGGAUUUCGGUUGCCAGUCGAGGAGGGUGGAACCGUUGUUCGCUGUGUGUAUAAUUUUUUGUGAGCAUAGUGUGCGCGUGAGUGAUUGUGAACAUGAGUGUGUGGCCCCGUGCCGGUGAAAUUGGUGUAAAGUCACUGCUGCCAAUACCACCUUGGCCUGGUUUAUUGUGAUCUUGUUCUAGCUUCUACUGUGUUCAGAUCAGUAAGCAUCUAUCCUGCAACACCACUACUCCCCCUCUAAGCUUUGUAAUAAAAAUAUGAAAGAAAAUCGUUUAAAAAGCGGGAACGUUCGUGAUAAAUGUUGAGGGUUGUUGUCGUGACUGCAUCCGCGACGUUAGGCGAGAAAGAGACGAGCGUGUGCGUGCGUAGUGUUGACUGGAUAGCUUGGGCAGAGCAGGUCUUCUCCACUCUGUUUGAAAUCGACUAUUUUAAUUAAAUAUAUUUUUACAUUUAAUGAUCGUUUAAUGAUAUAGCUACACCUUCAGCUGAACUUAACCUCGUGCUCAUACUUUACAUGUAAUUAUCCUUGAUCUUCACGAAGAGAAUAAAAUAUUAUUAUGUAUACAGUUA